GUCGCUCACAUGUGUCGGUUGUGUGCUGAACAUAUUUUCAUCUAUUUAUUCUGAAUAUUUAUUAACUUAUUAGUAACAAUGAUUAUCUUAACGAACGAAGGCAAUCCGAAUACGUUAAAAUUGAUAGUCGCAGCUAAAAUGGCCCAACAAUCCGUUACUUUGAAAACGAUACAACCAAACGAAACUUUGUUGGGUCGUUUACCUACUAUUGAACUAUCAUCUGGAUCUGUGCUAUUUAGCACCUUUAGCACUAAUGCAGCAAUGCAGUUUUUAUUACCUUCAUCUGAAGAUUCACAAAUUGUUAAUAACAAGUGGUUAGAAUGGGAUAUUACGCAAUUACAGCCAGCUAUAGUAUCUUGGAGUUGUGGUAGCUCGGGAAACAUCUAUAAAUCUCAUUUGUGGUCUUUGUUGAAAAAAUUUAACAGCGCUCUAAAAGACAAAAUGUACUUAAUUCAGGAUAACAAUGAUUUAUCAUUGGCAGAUGCAUGUAUUUGGGUAACUAUAUGGUCUACUGUGUUGAUUAUGGAAUUUGGACAGGAAUUAUGUAAAGAAUAUUUGGCUAUCAAAAAUUGGUUAUCAAACAUUGAAUUAUUGCCAGUUAUUCAGGACUCUCUUAAGGAAUAUAAGUUCGAAAGAGGCAUUAAAGCAAUUCUCAGUAUUCAAGCUGCAUGUUGGUUUCCUGGCACUGCAGUCAUGAACACACGGUCCUCUAAACCAGUUGCAAGCGAUAUCAGCCCGACUAAAGAAAAGGAAGUUGAAGCAGUUAGUCAAGAAGAACUUAAAAAUGUUAAAAGUAAUUGGUCUUCUAAGUCAUAUUUAAAUAUGAAGGAUUCUUCCUAUCCUGUGUUACCGAAAAAGGGCGAAAAGAAUAUUCUAGUAACAUCUGCAUUGCCCUAUGUCAACAAUAUUCCUCAUUUAGGAAAUAUCAUUGGUUGUGUACUUUCUGCUGAUGUCUUUACCAGAUAUUGCAGACAAAGAAAUUACAAUACCCUUUUUAUUAGUGGCACUGAUGAAUAUGGCACUGCUACAGAAGCUAAGGCUCUGGAAGAAAGAACAACACCGCAAGCUAUAUGCGAUAAAUUUUUCGAUAUACACAAUGAUGUAUAUCGAUGGUUUGGCAUAGGGUUUGAUUAUUUUGGUCGUACUACUAUACCCGAGCAAACAGAAAUCGUGCAAUCAUUUUUUUUAAGAAUAAAAUCGCAGGGUUAUAUAUUAAGCGAAACGGUAGAUCAACUCCUCUGCGAAUCUUGCAAUAGAUUUCUGGCAGACAGAUUUGUAGAGGGGACGUGCCCAAGGUGCAAAUAUGAAGAUGCACGCGGUGACCAGUGUGAUGGAUGUGGUCAUCUGGUGAACGCAACAGAUUUAAUAUCUCCGCGAUGUAAAGUGUGCAGCAAUAGGCCUGUUGUUAAACAAUCGAACCAAUUCUUCUUGGACUUACCUAAGUUAGAAGAUAAGUUAAGGAAGUGGUCUACAACUGUGGAAAAAGGAUGGUCAAGUGUCGCUAGGGUAGUUGCAAAGCCUUGGUUACGCGAUGGUCUUAAACCGCGGUGUAUAACGAGAGAUUUAAAAUGGGGAAUACCUGUCCCAGCGGAGGGUUUUGAAAAUAAGGUGUUUUACGUUUGGUUCGAUGCGCCUUUCGGUUACAUGAGUAUUACCAAGAGGUAUUCCAAGGAGUUUGAACAAUGGUGGAAACCUAAAGACGUAAACGUUGAUUUAUAUCAGUUUAUGGCAAAGGAUAACGUUCCAUUCCACGUAAUAAUGUUUCCUGCUUGUUUAUUAGCAGCUGACGAUGGUUAUACGUUAGUAAAACAUUUGAUGGCAACAGAAUAUCUUAAUUACGAGGACACGAAGUUUUCUAAAUCAAGAGGUAUUGGCGUGUUUGGCACCGAUGCUAGAGAGACGGGUAUACCAGCGGACAUUUGGCGAUUUUAUCUUGUAUAUGUUAGGCCCGAAACUCAAGAUUCUAAUUUCAAUUGGGUGGAUUUAGCAACUAAAAACAAUAGCGAGUUGCUGAAUAAUUUUGGAAACUUUGUCAACAGAGCUCUGGUAUUUACGGAAAAAUAUUUUGACUCCAAAAUACCGUCAAUGGAACUUCAAGACGAUGACUUAAUGUUAUUGGCAUUAGCUCAACGCGAAUUAUCGUCUUAUCUGCAGGCUUUGGAACAGGCUAAACUUCGAGACGGUUUAAGACAUUUGUUAGCAUUUUCGAAGCAUGGAAACCAAUACAUGCAAUCCCAAGAGCCAUGGGUGAAAAUCAAAGGAACCGACGACGAUAAAAAGAGGGCUGAAACAGUAAUUGGCAUUUGCUGUAAUUUGGCGUGUAUAUUGUCUGCUCUUUUAUCCCCGUUCAUGCCCAAUAUCUCCCGCGAAUUAAGAUCUCAAUUAGGACUGAAAAAUAAUACUUACGGUUAUAUCCCUGAUGUUAUUACAAGCGUGCUUCAAACGGGGCAUAAAAUUGGUAAACCAUGCCCUUUGUUUAAAAAGAUAGAAGAUAAAGAUAUAGAAACAUUGAGAAAGAAAUAUGCUGGUAAACAGGAAACAGUAAAUCAAACUCAAGCAAAUAAUGUACGCGAUGACGAAAAAUUUUUAGAAAGUGCAAUAGCAACACAGGGAAAAAAAGUCAGAGAGUUGAAAGGCAAACACAAUGCAAGUGUUUGGCUACCCGAGGUUCAAAUUCUUUUAGACCUAAAGAAAAAACUUGCUGAUCUCAAGGGUGACGGAAACAAGUCUCCUACGGCGCCGCAAUCGAAAACUGAGAAGCCUGAAGCCGUUUCCGUACCUGAACAAAAUGGGGAUGUCACAAUGGAAAUAGCAAAUUUGGAGUCGAGUAUUACUAAACAAGGUAAUCUCGUACGUGAAUUGAAAGCUAGUAAAGAAAAAGCUGUAUGGUUACCCGAAGUGGAGAAAUUGCUGAAACUCAAAAAACAACUUGCAGAUCUCACUGGAACAACUCCAGCUUCGACUGAUAAAGCGUCGAAGAAAAAGAAAUAACUUAAUCGUCCAGCCCCAUGUACAUGCAUUUUACAUCAUCAGAAAGCUAUCGAGAUAUUUCUAAUGAAUCAUCACCUCGUUCUGUAUUAUCGUAAACUUAUUUU